UGGUUUGUAGGUUGUGGGCUCUGACUGGCUUUAUCCACACACACAGGUGGGAAUAGGGAGAGCUCCAGGAGCCUGGGGUGCUGCAGGUCCGCAGCCUGGCAGGAGGAAGCUGAGGCUAUUGGGUACUGAUGGAUGUUUCCAACAGCCCUGAGCGAAACCCCUGCUCUCCUGAUGAAGACCGACAGCUUUCUGAUGACGAGGUCUUAAAGGAAAGCGGUUCAGAGCGGGGACUUGAUGGAGAGGGCGGGCAAGGCAGCAUCCUGGGUGAAGAGGAGGAUACAGGCCGGGUACUGAGCCAUGGUGAGAACCACUCAGAUGAAGAGGACCACUUGAGCGAGGCCAAGUCUCAGGACUCUGACAACAAUGAGCAGAGUGGGGAGCUGAAGAGCCCCCCGCCUUGCAAAGGAGAGGAGGAAAACCGUGCUAAUGACCUUGGUGAUGAGGCAUCCUCAGUCACCCGUGAGCUGGAUGAGCACGAGUUGGACUAUGAUGAGGAGGUUCCUGAGGAGCCAAGCGCUGCUCCUGUAGAGGAGGAUGUUGAGAAAGCUGCUGGUGAGGAUGAUGAGGAAGAGGAGAAAGGAGAUGACGCCCCUGAGGAGGAGAAAAAAUCCAGCAGUAAAAGUGAUGAUGAAAAGGAUGGUCAGGAUCCCGUCAAGGAGAAGAAGAAAGAAGAAGAUGACGGAGAGAUCGAUGAUGGCGAAAUUGAUGACGAUGACUUGGAAGAAGGAGAAGUUAAAGAUCCCAACGACAGGAAAGUGAGGCCACGUCCCACCUGUCGGUUCUUCAUGAAAGGUCAUUGCACUUGGGGCAUGAACUGUCGAUUUAUACACCCCGGGGUGAAUGACAAAGGAAACUACUCCUUGAUCUCCAAGCCUGAGCCCUUCUCCCCGAAUGGUGCACCUCCCAUCGGCCCUCACCCGCUGAUGCCAGCCAACCCGUGGGGAGGGCCGGUGGUUGAUGAAAUCUUACCUCCCCCUCCUCCGGAUCCUCCAACAGAAAGUGCCUGGGAGAGAGGACUCCGGCAUGCAAAGGAGGUAUUAAAAAAGGCAACAAUGAGGAAAGAACAGGAGCCUGACUUUGAAGAGAAGAGGUUCACUGUGACUAUUGGAGAAGACGAACGGGAAUUUGACAAGGAAAAUGAGUUUUUCCGUGACUGGAAUUACCGCAUCACCAGAGAUGUCCGAGAUCCAGCGGAGGUGGACAUCAAAGAAAACAUUAACUAUGGGCUUGAUCCCUAUGCAGAUCCCUAUUAUGACUAUGAAAUAGAACGGUUCUGGCGCGGUGGGCAGUAUGAGAAUUUCAGGGUCCAGUACACAGACCCGGAUCCAUACCGUAACUACAGAGUAAGUAAGGAAAGAGAGAGAGAACGGGAAAGGGAAAGAGAAAACAGACAACGGGAGAGGGAACGAGAAAGGGAGAGGGAACGGGAGCGAGAGCGGCGUCAAAGGGAGCGGGAACGGGAGCGCGAACGGGAACGUGACAAGGAGCGACAGCGGAGGAAAGAAGAGUGGGAACGUGAGAGGGAACGGGUGAAGAGAGAUGAGAAGGACAGGCAGCACCGGGACCGGGAUAGAGACCGGGACAGGGACCGGGACAAGGACAAAGAUAAACCAAAGCCCCGGUCCCCGCUGCUACCAAGCCGUCAGCCUGAGCCACCAAAGAAGGAGAAGGAGGCUUCGGCCAUCGCCACCGCUCAGUCAAAGAGGGCAGAUGAAUGGAAGGACCCCUGGCGCCGAUCAAAGUCCCCCAAAAAGAAACUGGGGUUGUCAGUCUCUCCCAGCCGUGCCCGUAGGCGCCGGAAAACCUCUGCUUCUUCAGCUUCUGCUUCUGGCUCUUCAAGGUCCUCUUCUCGGUCGUCCACCUAUUCUGGUUCAGGCUCCUCACGAUCUCGUUCCAGAUCAUCGUCUUACAGCUCUUACUCUAGCCGCUCUUCAAGACACAGCUCUUUCUCAGGCAGCAGGUCCAGGUCACGGUCCUUCUCAUCAUCGCCCUCUCCUUCCCCAACACCAUCUCCACACAAGCCACUCAUGAAGGCUAAAGGGGACUUGUUACCACCUGUUGGUAAAGGUGAAAAAUCAGUGAAGAAACUAGCUGCCCUUCCAGUCCCUCAGCCGCUCGCUAAGAUUACAGCAGCUGCACCAGAGCCAGCCAAGCCAGGGGAUAAUAGGGAGGCAAGAAGGAAGGAACGUCAGACCAGAACUCCACCCAGGAGGCGGACCAUCAGCGGCAGCAUCAGCGGCAGCGCCAGCAGCUACAGCGGCUCCAGCUCCCGCUCCAGAUCUCUGUCUCGGUCCCUCUCCAGAUCUCAUUCCAGAUCAUCAUCUGCCUCAGCCUCCCACUCCCCAUCUGGAUCCAGGAAAUCCAGGUCCCUGAGUGUGAGCAGCGUUUCCUCUGUCUCCAGUGCCUCCUCCAGCAGCAGCUCUGUACGCAGCGCCGACUCAGAAGACAUGUAUGCAGACCUGGCCAGCCCUGUCUCCUCAGCCAGCUCCCGAUCCCCAACCCCUGCACAGCAGAAGAAAGGUAGAGGAAAGUCGAAAAAAGAAGAUAGUGCUAAAGAAGAAAAACGGAAACGGGACGUGCCUGCUCAGCUGAAAUCAGCCAAGCCCACCCAGGGGGGCAAAUCCCAGCAGCUCCUCCAGGCCCAGCAGCCCACGGCUCCCCAGUCCCAGCAGGGGGGCUUCAGUGCUCACAAAGAGAUCAAACUGACGCUCUUGAAUAAGGCUGCAGACGAAGGCCUCACAUGUGUUCAGACCUUGCCCACUGAAGUCAUGCUCGCAGUGAGCUGCCCCCCUGCUGGCCUGCUCCAGAGCCAACUGCUGGCAAGUCCUGAACUGAGGCAGGAAGGUAAAAGUGACGACUGCCUCCUCCAGCAGCUGGGAUUGAGUCCAGUGCCCCAGCUGAGUGCCUUCAGCACAGGAGCUAUCUCGGAUCAUGCAGCUGACAAAGGAAGCAGGAAGAGAUACGAGCCAGCAGACAAAGACAGGCCGACCUCUCCUCCCACCAAACGGGCCAACCUGUCACCCGACAGAGGUUCUCGCGACAGGAAGGCGACCGGGAGGGCUUCAUCCCCCAAACAGGAACGACAGAGGGGCCAGAACCCAAAACCAUCUCCUGCACAGGCAGACAGGAAGCGGCAGCUUUCACCGCAGUCCAAGAGCUCCAGCAAAGUAACGAGCAUCCCAGGCAAAGCAGCAGAGCCGGGCCCUGCAGGUGCCAAGGGGGGUAAAUCCAGCACCCUGUCCCGGCGUGAGGAGCUCCUCAAGCAGCUGAAGGCAGUGGAAGAUGCCAUCGCUCGCAAGAGAGCCAAAAUCCCUGGCAAAGUAUAGUGCUGGCCUGGAGUGACUGGUCAUGGUUUUAUAAAUAGCGUCCAAGCGGCCACUUUGGGAUUUUGCAGUUCUGGCUUCAUUUUGGCUGCGGUUCUUUUAAAGAAAAAGAGGAAAAAAAGAAAAAAAAAAAAAGAAAAAAAAAAA